AUUAAAUCGCGUAAUUUUUAACCAAGAAAAAAGUACAGAAAUUUACCAACCUUUUAUUCUCUUUGGAUUGAACAGACUUUGCAAUGGUACAUACAAAGAAGAAAACUCAACAGCUGAGAUGUCAAUAGCUGUACUAAUCAUAUCACUAAUCUAAUAUUAACAUCUUGUAGAGCAGUUAACCACUCAACUAAUACACUACACUAGCUACCAAUAACAAAAUAAUAUUUUAUCUGAAAUAUGCCAUAAAUUGUGUAUAAAGAGUGAAACACAUGAUAAUGAAGAUAGAUCUGUCAGGAACAUAUGUAUAAAAAAUGAAACCACACUAAACAGAUAGGAAAUAUUAUAAUUGCAACUGUUGAUAAUUGUAUGAUGAUCAAGCCAUGUUGUUAUUUUUUAUUCUAUGUUGAUUUGUGAAUUACUUUUCAAGGGUCAAUGUUGUAUGGCUUUAGUCUACUGGUAAGAGCGCAACGCGUGGAUCUAUCUGUGAGUUCAUCUGUGCUCAAAAGUCCAUAAUUAUCAAAAAGAUUAUAUGUGUCCUUAAAGUUGUAUGUCUUUGAAGUUCACUGAAACAUAUUUUUCUACUAUCAGAGACAAGUUUACAUACUGAAUUCAGUUGAGCCCAUAGCCAUAGUCAAUACACUCCAUCCGUCUCUGCUUUUAAAACAUCCUCUAUACAAAGCCACUUCAACCUUCCUCCACACACACAAUAUACAUUAUGUUCACCUAAUAGCAAAUCUUUGACGCAGUCAGGUCUUUAUUAAUAUGGAAAGAGCCAUACCUGAGGCAUCAAAGAGCCCGAUGAAGGCUACUGAGGGUAGUAUAGUGGAGGAAAACAAGAAGGCUCUUCACUUCAUUGAAGAGGUCACGACCAACGUUGAUGAGGUCCAAAAGAGAGUUCUUGCUGAAAUCCUCUCUCAAAAUGCCAACGUUGAGUACUUACAGCGCCAUGAUCUCAAUGGUCAUACUGACAGAGAGACGUUCAAGAAAGUCAUGCCUGUCAUCACCUACGAAGAUAUUCAGCCUGAUAUCAACCGUAUAGCCAAUGGUGAUAAAUCUCCAAUCUUCUGCUUCCAAUCCACCUCUGAAUUCUUGACAAGUUCUGGGACGUCCGGAGGGGAGAGAAAAUUGAUGCCAACAAUUCAAGAAGAGAUUGGGAAGAGAUUUCAUCUUCGUGGCCUUGGGAUGUCUGUGAUAAGCCAAUUCGUUCCAGAUUUGGAGAAGGGCAAAGGAAUGUAUUUCUGGUCCAUAAAGUCUGAAGCCAAGACCCCAGGAGGAUUACCAGCUCGCCCUGUUUUAACAAGUAUGUUCAAGAGUCCUUAUUUCAACAACAACCGUUUUAGCCCCUAUGCAAACUAUACCAGUCCAACUGAAACCAUUCUCUGCCAAGACUCUUACCAGAACAUGUACUCCCAAAUGCUUUGUGGUCUCUACCAACGCAAAGAAGUCCUCAGGGUUGGCUCGCCCUUCGCAUCUGGCUUCAUCCGUGCCAUCCGGUUCCUAGAAAAGCACUGGUCUCUACUUUGUAAUGAUAUUCGAACGGGAACUGUUAACGCCCAAAUCACAAAUCUGUCAGUCAGAGAGUCAGUGAUGAAAAUCCUCAAACCUGACCCAGAGUUAGCUGAUUUCAUCGAGGCUGAAUGCAGUAAAGACUCAUGGCAAGGGAUCAUCGCUAGGUUAUGGCCUAACACCAAGUAUGUGGAUGUUAUUGUAACCGGAAGCAUGUCACAGUAUAUACCUACCCUUGACUAUUAUAGCAACGGCCUCCCUCUUGUCUCUUCCAUAUAUGCUUCCUCAGAGUGCCACUUUGGAGUCAACCUGAACCCCUUUUGUAAGCCCAGCGAAGUCUGUUACACCCUUAUUCCGACCAUGUGCUACUUUGAGUUUGCACCAAUUCACAGAGACAAUGGACUCAUCAAUUCUAUCUCCAAGUCUAAGUCGCUUAAUGAGAAAGAACAGAAUCAAUUGGUCGAUCUGGUUGAUGUCAAGAUUGGCCAGGAGUACGAGCUGGUUGUUACCACAUAUUCAGGACUCUAUAGAUACAGGGUGGGUGAUGUGCUUCGAGUUGCUGGAUACAAGAACAACGCACCUCAAUUCUGCUUCGUAUGUCGGGAAAAUGUAAUCUUGAGCAUUGAUUCCGACAAGACUGAUGAAGCUGAGCUACAAAAUGCAGUGAAAAAUGCAGUGCACAAUCUGAUACCAUUUGAUGCAAAUGUAGUUGAGUACACCAGCUAUGCCGAUACCACCGCCAUUCCAGGCCACUAUGUCCUCUACUGGGAGCUCAGUCUGAAUGGCUCUACACAUAUUCCUCCUUCAGUCUUUGAAGAUUGUUGCCUCACCAUUGAAGAAUCUCUAAAUAGUGUCUACCGCCAGGGCCGUGCCUCUGACAAAUCCAUUGGGCCUCUGGAGAUCAGGAUAGUGGAAAUUGGGACUUUUGACAAGCUCAUGGAUUACUUUGUUAGCUUAGGUGCUUCCCCUGACCAAUACAAGACACCCCGAUGCCUGAAAUCUGCACCCCUUGUUGAGCUAUUGAAUUCGAGAGUCAUGUCCAGACACUUCAGUCCCACAUGUCCAAACUGGGUUCCUGGUCACAAGCAAUGGUACAACAUGAAUUGAAUGGCUAGUUUCGUGUUCCAGACCACAAGAACUAUAAUAACGAAUUAGCUUUUUUUCAUUGAUCUUCCCCAUACACAAGAAUGGUAUAACAUGAAUUGAAUGUCUCUUUGCUUUUGCUAUAGUCACAACGCUCUUGAAUGAGAAACAUCAUUACUUUCAUCUAAUUUUUCUUAGAUUUGUUGUUCAGAUGUAUGUCUUGCUAUCAAAAAUGCAAUGAAAAA